AACAGGCAUACCAACCCCUUCUUCCUUGCUCUCAUAACCGCUUACAUCCUUUCGAUGCAUUCUUUCGCCGUUUAUGUCCACUACAUCUGAACCACACACAAUUCACCACUCACUCCAACAGAGAUAUUUGUAUCACCUUGGGUAUGAUAUGUUGCUGUGGUUCCCUCUGGUUUCACUAGGCCCAACAAACUCUAUAAGCUGUUUACCAAGCCAGAUAUAUCAAGGGAAUGCAAGAAGACGAGGAAGCGAACGAUGUGACAAAUCAAGUCUUGCCGAGCUGUACAAGAAAAGAUCAAACAAUGCCCAUGGAUUGCUGGAUUUUAAGCCCAUUUAUAAUGGCAAAUUUGCCCUUGUGACGGACGAAGGGAUAAGCGUUUUCGCUCAAAAGAAUGGUCCUGUACAUAUAUAUGUUGACAACCAAACUCUCUACCAUUGUCUCUUAAAAGGUUCCUCAUCAAACAGCUAUGUUAAUAAGACCUUAAUUAAGAUAUGGCGCCUACUUGAGCGAUUGCAACGUCGUGUUGUUCGAACUUGGAUUCCCUAUGAGGAUAACCCUGUGGAUUAUUUUUCGAGGGUGCAGUACUGUGGGUUUCAUCCCAAGGAGUUACUGGAAUCAGUCAGUAACGAAUAUGGAUACAAAUCUGUAAAAACUUUGAAACAUAUGCCCAAGUGAAGAAGAAAAAUAAUAAUAAUAGCAACAAUAAUACAAAGAAAUGAAUAAUACAACUAGAAAUACAUAAAUAUAUACGGUAAGCAACCAACUAUUCUGGAAAGAUCACAUCACUCUGGACAAACUUCUGUAAUAGAGGAGGAUCAGGCAUGUCUGUGCUGUGGGGUUCUGUCUUGUUGAGCUGGUCUUGAAAUGCUAUUAACAGUGACUACAUAUUUGACAUGUUUAAGAAAUAAGAAUAAAAUAAAGACAUUCUAAGACUUAACUAUAGAGUAUCGUACCUUGACAUGACCUGUUCCAGACACAUCAGUUAUUGAUCUUGGCAGAAAGCUUUCUGCUGCUUUGUGGAGGACAUACAGGCCAUCAUCCGGAUUCAUGGUCAUCACAAAC